AUGAGUUUUGGUGCAUCUCCUUCAGAUAUCAUAAUUGUGGUAACCUUCUGCCGCGAAUUAUAUCGCAAAUGUCGAUCGGCAGGUGGUGAAUAUGAUGAAACCAGUCGAGAAGUCCGUGGUUUACAUACCGUUCUUAAACAUUUGAAAUCCGAAGUUGGAGACGAGGAUUCUCCACUCAAUAAGGACCCAAGUAUCUGGGGAAUACAAUUGGCACCAAUCAUUGGGGAUUGCGAUUUUACCCUGAAGCAACUUGAUGGAUUAUUGUCAAAAUAUGAAAGGUCGUUUAAGGGGGAUGGAAGUGGAAAUGGUGGUGGUAAGAUUUCGCGGGAUAGGAUGUGGUAUGGAAGUGAUGAGAUGGAUCAAUUGGGUGGGAUCAGAGUAAAGUUAAUAUCGCAUAAGACGAGUUUGACAUUAUUCUUGGACAACAUACAAUUACAUGAGAAUGGAAAGAUGGCAAAGAAUUUGGAUGUACAGGGGGAACAUUUGGAUAUCAUUCUGGACAAGGUAGAUCAUAUUGCGGCGAGAAUGAGCCAGAAGGAUGGAACAUUGAUGACAACUUAUGAGGACGAUGAUAAGGAAGUUUGGAAACAAUUCAGGAGGGAACUCAUCUCGGAGGGAUUUUCUAGUACUGUCUUGCAACAGCAUAAGGAUGUCCUAAGAGCGUAUAUCAGACAGAUGGAGCAAGAUGGUUUACUUGUCGAAGAACCACCUACGUCUCGGAUGGCCAGCCCAGUGAGUCCUUAUAGCGAACGUUGGAUUGACUCUACACAUUCCGAAUCAUAUCGUGGACAACCACCUUCAUUCGAUUCUAUCAAUAUCGGGAGUGGUGACAGUGGAGCAAAAGAAAUGAUACAGCGAGAAGACAAUAUCAAAUUCACAACAUCAAUGAAAUUGGAAAGACCUAAACCUGAGUCUCAUUUGGAUCCAUAUUCCGAAAGGCAAUACGAAAGACAAUCGACGCAUAUUCGUCGUCAAAUAUCCCCACCCUUAACUCCAAAAAUCUCCACUACGGAUUUUACUGAACCAAAAUCUCAAAAGGAUACAAGCGGCUCAGGAUCAGUAUCUGAUACGUCAUCUAUACAUCGGACGAAAUCUCCAUCCAAUGGCUUGAUAAUUCAAACUAGUGAUCUUCUCCUCCUUCCUUUCCCCGCAACCUCACAACUUCUGUCCCCAGCAUCUCCAUCGAGCUAUCACUCUCCCUCAGACGAAGCAACACGAUCUAUUGCUCUUCGACCAAAACGAAGUUCUCUCAAAGGAUCAUCGCCACGUACAAGCGGCGUACGAUUUGAUCUUCCUGGUCACCAAUCCUCACCAAAAGUUACCACACCUGUUACUGGAAUUAGUCCAAGACCCGAUUCAUCUAUGCCUACUACUAGGCUUGCACCUGAUUCAUAUGGAAACGAGAUUCCUCCUGAUGCAAAAUGGACAAAGGUUAAGAGAUCUUUGAUAUCGCCUGAAGUUUUGAAUCAGGAUGGAAGACGCCGUCCGGAUUUUGUAGCAAUAUUAGGCAUUCUUACGAGAGAAGAAAUCCAAGAUUACGUUUCUCGCUCCCACGUCUUGAGGGAAGAACGAUGGCGUAGACAUCAUCAAGCAUCGAUCGGCCCACAGCAAAGAUCGAGAAGGGAAAGGACUUCGAGAACACGACGAAACUCGUCUUCGUCUGAUAGUUCUUCUUGUAGUUCAGAUACCACCUCCGAUUCAGACAAUGACAAGCGGCGAAGUAAGAGGAGAGAUCAGAAUGGCAAAAAUAGAAAAGGGUACAACAGAGAAUGUCGACGAGAACGAGGUGACAGAAGAGAUAGAGAAGAGAGAUCAGAACGACGUGAGCGCACGGAUAGACGAGAAAGGGAUCGCGAACCAUCUUAUACUUACACCCCCACCACCGCACCAUAUCCACCCUCUAUCUCUCAAACCCAAGCACAACCAUUCUCAACCUCACCACACUCAGGUCCAGAUAACACGCCCCAUCCCUGGAAUAUACCCGGAUCAAAUCAACCACCACAAGGAUACCCACCUCCUCCACUUCCUCCACAACAGGGUUAUUCACAUCCACAACCUCCUUACCCAGUCCAAGGUCAACAAUACUCCCAAGGAUCCCCAUUUUCCUCACCACAACAAUACCCCUAUCCCCCUCCUCCCCACCAAUACCUUUCCCCGCAACCUUACCCAGCAUACUCCAGCUCCCCGCACUCCCCCUCCUCCCCAACAUAUUUUCCCUCCUCUUCUUCUCCCUCCUCUUCUUCUCCCUCCUAUAAACCCUCCAACCCCAACUACAACCCUCAUCGUCGCCGUCCCCAUCAAUCACAGCACUCCCAAAAUCGAAAUCGAGAUCGCGACCGCGAUCGCAACCUCGCGUAUUCAGACUCCUACUCGCAUAAUAAAUCGAGAGAGGGAGGAAGAGGAGGUAGGGGUGUGCAAGGAAAGGAUUCAAAGGCACCGACACAGACGACGGGUAGUAGAUGGAGAGAUCAUUUGACGGCUGUGGGGUUGGGGGGUGCGGCGGUGGGUUUGUUGGAGGUGUUGACUGAGGCUGCUGAUGGGUUUUGA